ACACUCCACCAUAAUAGAACUGCGGGCCCGAGUUACGAAAAAGUAGAAUUUCUAUUGAAUUGUCAUGCUUUUUUAGUCAGUUGUACGCACAUUUACUGACUAGAGAUCUAUACUAGACUUGACGAUGGCAAGUCUGCAGGGUCUUCAGCUGGUGCGUAACUUCUUCACUCGGGCUGGAGGGUUAUCAAUCAGAGCGACACAAGUACUCAGAGCCGAGCCUCCCAAGAAGAAGAAACGAGUUGAUCCCAAGCAGGAGGUUAUGAGACAACAGAGAUUACUCAAGAAACUCAAGAAAAUUCAGUUUAAGAUGGGUGAUCCUGAACUCAAGCCUAUCGUAGACUUCGAUGUAGACAGAAAACUGAUGGAAGAUGAUAGAAAGAGAGAUGACAAUGAAGCAGACUUCGAAACAUCCGAAGAAAGAGCUCGUUUGCAGAAGGCAUGGUCUCGUUAUAAAUUCCAGCAGCAUGUGACAGAAACUAACACCAUCAAGAAAUCAAUCAGAUCACAGACGAAAGCCCUUGAGGAGCUGAGAUUAGAGUCUGAAGAGCUUUAUCAAGCUGCAAUCCAGAGAGAUCCAGGUUUGUUUCCUCUGCUAAUCACCGGUCCUACAUACACCCCACCUGUGACGGACUACUCAGCGGUUAGUCCUGAUGGAGACUAUAUAGACGUUACCAAGCAGUAUAAAUGAUUGAUGCGGACUACUCAGCGGUUAGUCCUGAUGGAGACUAUAUAGACGUUACCAAGCAGUAUAAAUGAUUGAUGUGGACUACUCAGCGGUUAGUCCUGAUGGAGACUAUAUAGACGUUACCAAGCAGUAUAAAUGAUUGAUGCGGGUUAGGAGAUGCAUAGGGUGGUAUUCUCGAAAGCAGACUAACUUUAGUCCAUGAUUUAAUCCACCGACUAACUUUAGUCCAUGAUUUAAUC